AUGUGCACCGUUAGGUGUUUAGUCGCCUUUGCUGUAAAACAGGGGUGGUCUUUAUUCCAACUAGAUGUUAAUAACGCUUUUCUUCAUGGCGAUUUGGAUGAGGAAGUUUACAUGAAACUCCCUCAAGGGCUCUCGGUUUCUACUUCCUCACAGUCCACUUCUCCCCUUGUAUGUAAACUACAAAAGUCUCUUUAUGGUCUUCGACAAGCUUCCAGGCAAUGGUAUGCCAAGCUAUCUCAUGCUCUUUGCUCUAGGGGUUAUACUCACUCAUUGAAUGAUUAUUCCCUCUUUAUUAAGAAAUCUGCAUCAUCUGUUGUGUUCCUUGCGGUCUAUGUGGACGAUAUUAUACUUACUGGUGAUGAUCCUGCUGAAAUUAAUGCCCUUAAGCUGUUUUUAGAUGACCAAUUCAAGAUCAAGGAUUUAGGAUUGCUUAAUUAUUUUCUGGGCAUCGAGAUCCUGUAUGUUUCACAUGGUGUUUUGUUACAUCAAAAGAAGUUUAUUUCAGAUUUACUAGUUGAAUUUGGGUGUUCUGAUGUGUCACCCGUGGUCUCCCCUCUUGAGUUGUGUGUUAAGCUCAAAUCAGACCAUGGAGACUUGUUGCCUAAUCCUGAAUCUUAUCGGAGCUUAGUUGGUAAACUGAACUUUCUCACUCACACCCGGCCUGAUUUGUGUUUUGCCGUUCAACACCUUAGCCAGUUCCUUAAAUGUCCUCGGGUUCCCCACAUGGAUGUUGCAUUGCAUAUCUUGAGAUAUUUACGUGGGACUUCUGAUGUUGGUAUUUUCCUGAAUAAUGCUCCUGAUUUCUCUAUCCGGGGUUACUGCGACAGUGAUUGGGCCUCCUGUCCAGACUCUCGUCGAUCUGUUUCUGGUUUCUGCAUUUCUUUGGGGGGUAGCCUGAUUAGUUGGAAGUCCAAAAAGCAAUCGGUUGUAUCCUUAUCUUCAGCCGAAGCAGAAUAUCGUGCUAUGAGUAAAGUGGUGGCUGAAUUAGUUUGGUUAGUUCGUUUGUUAGCAGAUUUUGGGUUUUGUUUGUCCUCCUCUGUCCCUGUAUUUUGUGACAAUUUGGCUGCUCUCCAUAUUGCCAAAAAUCCAGUAUUUCAUGAGCGAACGAAGCAUAUUGAGGUUGACUGUCAUUUUAUCCGCACUAAAUUGGCUGAUGGCCUUAUCUCUCUUCACCAUAUUUCCACUGGUUCUCAGUUGGCUGAUGUGUUUACCAAGUGUUUAACAGGUGGGCAGCAUCGUUUCUUACUUGGCAAGUUGGAUGUGCUAUCACCCUCCAACUUGAGGGGGGAUGUUGGGAUUACAUAA